AUGUCUGUCGAGAACAAAGUCCCCGCCACCGCGACCUCCGUUCAGGAGACUACGCAUGUGAAGAUCCCUCCGUUCAAGCAUCCCCUGGACCCCCUGACUCCCGAUGAGAUCGUACAAGUCGGGCUGGCUGUGCGUCAGUACACGGCCGCGAAGACGGAUAUCAAGGCAAUCAGGUUCAUUACGAGCUACCUGUUGCCGCCGCCCAAGAAGGCGGUCCUGGCGUAUCUGGGCAUCCCUCUCGACCCCGGCGAGAAAGCAGAGAAAGUGCCGCAGAUCGUACGCAAGGCAGAGGCAGAUUUCUGUGAUGUGGUUACUGGCGACUCGUACAACACAGUUCUCUCGCUGAAAGACGGAAAGUGGGAGGUGGACACCGUGGAGAAGCUUCCGGAAGGUGUGCAGCCGCAGAUUAGCGUCGAGGAACUGCUCCUCUGCGAGAAGAUCAUCCGAGAGGACAAGAAAGUGCAGAAGCUCGCCGCCGACGAGGCAGGCAUAACCCCGGAGCAGCUCCACGCUGACGGUUGGGCCAUCGGGUACGAUGACCGCUUCCCGAAGAAGGCACGCAUCCAGCAGGCCCUGCUGUUCGCCCGCUUCUCGAAACAUGACAACCUCUACGCGCAUCCAAUGGACUUCAUCCCCGUCGUCGACUCGCUCGCCCAGAAAGUCAUCCACAUCGACUUCCCUCCGCGCUACUACGCACAAGCCUCCCCGUCCAACUCGCUCUUCAAGGACUACGGCGUCGAGAGCGCUCUGUCCACCCCAACCACGGCCCCGCCCCCGCUCGACGCAGACGAACUCGAGGUAGCCCAGCGCGCGCGGCUCCCGCCCCCGCGCGAAGCAUGGGACUUCCUUCCGGACCUGAUGGCGCAGAAGCCGGGCGCGGACUUCAAGGUCCGGGACGACGUCAAGCCGCUGCACGUCGUCCAGCCGGAGGGCGUCAGCUUCAAGAUGGACGGCCACGUGCUCGAGUGGCAGAAGUGGAAGAUGCACAUCGCGUUCCAUCAUAGAGAGGGUAUCGCGAUCUCGACCAUCACGUAUAAUGACGACGGCGAGGUUCGCCCGAUUUUCUAUAGGCUUUCGCUCGCGGAGAUGGUGGUGCCCUACGGCGCACCGGAGCACCCUCAUCCGCGAAAACAUGCGUUUGAUGCCGGCGAGUACGGCAUGGGCACAAUGGCGAACGAGUUGUCUCUGGGUUGCGAUUGCCUCGGACAGAUCCACUAUCUGCCUGGUGCCUACACUGCUCAUGACGGAAGCGCUGUUGUGAUCAAGAAUGUCAUCUGCAUUCACGAGGAGGACGCAGGGCUGCUUUGGAAGCACACCGAUUUCCGUGUGGGAGGCCGCUCACAUGCAGUCCGUAGCCGCCGACUCGUCGUCAGCAUGAUCUGCACGCUGGCAAACUACGAAUACAUCUGGAACUGGUUCUUCUACCAGGACGGCAACAUCGAGAUGGAGGUUCGCCUCACCGGUAUCCUCCAGGUGUACGUCAAGGCCGAGGACGAGCCGACUCCUUUCGGGACGACGCUCGCGCCCGGUAUCAACGCGCACUAUCAUCAACACAUCUUCUCUGUGCGUAUCGACCCGAUGAUCGACGGGCUGCACAACAGCGUCGUCGAGACGGACGUCGUCUCGCUCCCGCAGGACGCGCGGUCGAACCACGCCGGCAACGCGUUCCUUACGCAGAGCACGACGAUCAGCAAGGCGCGCGACGGCGGGCGCGACAUCGGCUACGACGCCGACCGCCGCUGGGCUAUCGUCAACCCGAAGCGGCGCCACCCGUACUCGGGCAAGCUCGCGGGGUACACGAUCGCCGGCCUCCGCGGCGCGGCGGUGCCCUUGAAGACGCGCGACGAGGGUGUCGUCGCCACGCGCGCGCCGUUCGCGAAGAAGCCGCUCUGGGUUGUGAAAGACGUCGAGACGGAGAAGGGCGGGCGCAUGUGGCCGAGCGGGAAGUACAUGCCGCAGACGCGCGAGACCCCGAAGGACUCGAUCGCGGGAUGGGUGCAAGGCGACGACAGCCUCGAGGAGGAAGACAUCUUGGUGUUCCUUACUACAGGUGUGACCCACAUCCCUAGACCCGAGGACUGGCCGGUCAUGCCUGCUGAGCACGUUCGUGUGCUCUUCAGGCCCACCAACUUCUUCACGUCAAAUCCUAGCAUGGAUGUUCCUGGGGCGAGUGAUUCCCGCAGCGUAGCGGCCUUCACGCAAGAAGGCGGUGCAUGCUGCGCUCAUUGAACUGCAGAAAUGAAAGAAUACAUGAAUGUAAUUGUAGACCCCAUCAUUCGUUACCGUGUAAUGAAUUGCAUCAGGCCCACGCGGGUGCAGCGAU